CAUUUUUCUUCUUUUUUUUAUUUAAAGCGUUUUUUGACCUCUCCAACUUUACUUGCAACUCCUAGUCACCAGUUUCCUGAGAGACCUCAAGACGCCAUGGCAGUCUGGGUGGAGGAAUUGACUGGGGACAGUUUCAAAAUCUGCCUCAGGGAAGUAAAGAUUUUCGACGGACUUCACAAAGGCAUUGCUAUUGUGAGUUUGAAAUUUGAAAUUGCUUUUUAAAGAUGUUUUAAGAUUUCCAUUCAAUUAUUUUUUUCUGCAAUGAGCUGCCCAAAGACGCUUAUUUGCUCUUAAGUUUAUCAUAAUCACAACAAAAAUGGUCGAAGUUAUCAUAGAUUUGUAAAAUUCUUACGUAUUAAGUUAUAGCAAAAAAUAAAUAUGCCAAAAUUUUAAGCCCAGUUCUUUUUAAUAUGUAAUUUCGAAUUUGGUAAAACAUCGAAGUAAAAAUACAUUCCCCAAGUAUAUUUCUGUUACCAUUUACUGCUUUGGAACUUUCAGCAGGAACGCUUUCUAGCUUGAACCUUGGUAUGAGUAAUUAAACGAUUUAAUGAGCUAUAUUUUAGUACUCGUUUAAAUGAAUUGAAAUCAGGUUCCUUCUUCCGUAAAACUUUAGUGUUAUGCAGACCGCGGGGAAGGGGCUUUUGCCAGGCUCCAAACUUAAGGUUCCUGCUUAUAUGAGUACCAAGCUUAGCGAUCAUUCUAAAACUUGUCUGGAAACAUUUGUCCCCAGUGUCAAAGUGUCCUCUGCCACCGAUUGUUGACAGCCAUAUUUUGUAAAAUUUGGAAUUUUCACUAUCAUGCUUUUUUUUUCUUUUUUUCUAGAUUUUCUGAUUGAGGUAAAUGAUAAAAAAAGUUUUAAAGAGAAAUUGUAAAAAAGCAAUCAAGGUUUUUGGGGCUCUUAUUUGAUAAAAGAUGUGGAUUUGAAGAAAAUUAAUGUACAGAAGUGUUGAGAAUAAUUUUCCAAGAAUGUUCAUUUCCCUCUGAAUUUUAUUGCUGGCACAUUAAGUUUGCUUUCAGAAUAUUCUUCUACACACAAAUAAUCAAAACAAAUACAUUUAACUUGCUCAAAAUCAAUCAAACAGUGAAAAUGUAUUCUUCAAAUAUCCUAAGGGUGUCUAUUUAAGACCUGCAAUUCUGGUGUUCAGUUAGUUUUAUUUGAAUUGACAACAAGAUAGACUCUGCAAUAUCGGUAAGGCUUAUCGCUACGAAGUUGUUAGAAAUAUUCUUUAGUGGGACAAAUGUCUUCAGCCUUUUCUUAAUGACACGAUAGUGGAGUUGAAUUCGAACACUCCAUCGACGAAACUGGAUUGAAAUGCUCUCAUUUCUUACAGAUGCACGCCCAAUUAAAAGUUCCAGUUCCUCCUGUUCAUCAUGCUAUCACUUCUGUUGUUAAGGGCAUUAAUCAGUGUUAGCCUACUUGGCAAUUUAAUCAGACACCUUCCCAUUUAAGUGUUCUCUAUUAUAUUCAAGCUGAAGUCACAUUACAUAAUUUUGUCGGUCAGUUUAUCUCAAGAUGUUAGAUAUGUUGAGCAAAUUAUUAUGAUGCGGUUUUUAAGUUUUAGAGGGCGUGCUGCUAACUCCCCCAACCCCCCCCCUUCAGCUUAAUAGCGGACACCUGAUUUAGUAACAUCAUAUGGCAAAGACGGCUUCAAAUUUCUAAAAAUAAAUAUGAUUUGUUUCUUCAUUGCUCAAGAACUGGAUGGCUUAUACAAACCUUAGGGUUGGAAACUUCACAUUAACUGACAGUCUCUUGUUUACAAAUUAUAACUUGUUGUCUCAGCAAGCUAACUACGCCUUUUGCCAGGUAUUAAAGUAAAUUGUUAUGUUGGUAAAUGGAGCACUGAAAUUUAUUUUCAUUAAGAAAAUCGAAGGCAGGAUGAUGUUCCUUUUUAGCAGAACCAAUAAACAACUAAUCCUAGUCGUUCUGAGUAUUCUGCAUUGUGCAUUAAAAACAAGUCGAAACUUGCUUGUUAAAGUCAUUUGUUCAUUUUACUUAUAAUUCGCAUGUUUUGCCAUUCAGGAUGUUUGUAACAAGCUAAUCUUUUUUCGACAGAAUAUAAACUUUACAGAUCAAUUCUAUGCUCCUCCUGUUGUGAUAGUGACGGCAAAAAGUAUCAACAACGAUUCGCGUUUGUCUGGAUGUAACGCAAUCACCGCUUGGGUCGAGGUAAAAUUGUUUUACAAACUUACAGAUAGCAAAAGAUUAAUUUAACGUUGAAUCUUAAUAAAUAUGAUCAAUCCAUGCAGUGAUAAAAGGAAAGAAAUCCCAUAUUGAAGGGAAAGACAGAAAGUGUAAGGAAAUCUUUUCACAAGGUUUAACGCCUCGCUAGUAUCUAUUAUUGGUGGUUUUCACGUGACUUCAUCAAAACUCAUACAAAUUCAUCAGUUAUAGAGAAGCAUAACCCAUAUUUUUACAAACUGUUUGAUCGAAAGGGCUCUUUGUUUUGUCAGUGAUAAAGUACACUGAUAAAUUUUUUUAAAAAAUAAACCUUUUGCGUAACGCUGCAUUUGAAGGAUCUGGAAGGGCCUAGAAAACUGUGAUUUGGGUUAGAAAAUUGUCUCCCUUUUUUUGAGAUUGUGCCAUCGCAAAAACAGACAUUUUUGUUGGUUUCUGACCUCUAUAUUGGUGUCCCUCAGAGGAACAUCAACAUCAAGCUCUGUAAAUUUGGGAAAAAAAUUGUAUCAGUAUUUCCGCAUAACAGGAAAUAUCACAAAGGCCUGAGUCCUUGCAAAGGUUGUUUAAAUAUAUAUAUAUAUAUAUAUAUAUAUAUAUAUAUAUAUAUAUAUAUACACUAAAAACAAUGAAAAACGAAAGUCUUCUUUGCUUUUGCGCUAAAGCAAAGAAGACUUUCGUUUUUCAUUUUUUUUAGUAUCUUCAUUCGACACAGAAGUUUACUUUCUAUAUAUAUAUAUUUAUUUAUUUAUCUUCUUUCAUUUCCCAGAUUCUGGACUUUCUUUAUCACACAGAAUCGAUUUCCAUUUUUGAUGGAGUGACAGUGACAACCGGUUCAAAGGAAUUGGAGGAUGAAUAAAAUUUUCAAACCAAAUCAACUUUUUCUUUAGCAGAUACGAGUCCUCUUACUGAUUCCUAAACAUUCAAACAAGUUAUUAUAUCUGUGGUUAACCGUGCAGUUUUCGUAAAAGUUUCUCAUUACCUUUACGUUUUGAUCGUUUGUUUAGCAAAAUUUUCAACACUGCUUUCGAGUAAUAAUGUUAUUAGCAAUCUCGAUUUUCUACCCUUAGCACACGUCCACCGCAAAAACAGAGAUUUGUGUUCGAGUCUAUGAAACUAAGAGCAAGGAUACCAUAAAAGUCGAUUAUCUGAUUACUGGAGGUAAGUAUAUCACCCAGUAAUGUAAUAAUCGGCCACUAAUGUAUUACUAACCACUAAUGUAAUAAAAAAAGUUAACCACUGAUGUGAUAACAUUCUAACCCUUAAUGUAAUAAAAAACUUAACCACUAAUGUGAUAACUUUGCGACCAUUUAUGAAAAAAACUCAAAGAGAACAGCUAAAUUAUUAUUUUUUUUUUUGAGGUUUUUAGGAUUUAGAAGAUCAUACGGUGCACGGCAAAAAAAAAAAAAAUCAUACGACCUCCCGCUUUGAUGUCAAGUAAUGCCGUUUCAGCGCAAUAAGUCAUUUAGGACUUGUUCCAUACACUUGUCCCCUUUUACUUGAAGAAUUUAAAAUCUACUUCUCUUGAAUUAUUUCUUAGCUAAUUUAGGCUCUAGUGUAAAGACUAAUAUUGUCGCUUUGUCUCGUUAACACUAACAGAUCCGUUAGAUAGAAGAACGGUGUUUAAUUUAUAAGCGUCAGCUCAACAUGAAUUCCCGAUAAUAAGAAUGAUAGCAUCGAUCAUUCACCUCACUGUUUUCCUCUUUCUCUCCCUCGCUAUUUUCGGUAAAACUUCGUUGAAAUUAAAAUAAAAGCAAAAAAAAACAGCGUGAACAACAACAAUACUCUUAUAGACCAAAUCCAAAUCUCGGUAUAAGCGCUUUCCGUUAGAUAUAUUAUGUAAACAAAAUUAAUGAUAAUUAUGCAUCUUUUGUUUUACACAGACCUGGAUCCUUGUAUAGAUGGCGUACACUGUGGUUAUCAUGGUCUAUGCAAAGCUCUUGGACCAUGCGAUGCCCGCUGCGUGUUUAUAGACAGUUGCCCAUCUUAUCAAGAGCCUAUCUGUUCUUCUAACGGAACGACGUAUGACAACAAGUGUUUCUUUAAGCAGGAAAUGUGUUUGUUACAGUUGAACUUUACUGUGCAGCAUCCUGGGAGCUGUGAAGGUAUCAGUGAUCUCGUAAUUUAUGGUAUCAAUUGCCAUUUAAUUCAAUCACCCAAAUUAACAACCCCUAAAAAAAGAAACGUCAAAAAGUCUUCACUAACAACGUAUCGAUAUCACAUCUUCUGAAUCUCUAUCAUCAGUACCAGUUGAAAUUCGUUUUAAAGGUAUAAACUGGUCAUUAAAGCGAAGCUGAUCCCUGAACAUAUUUCUAUAGCAAAAGCACAAACGAGGAAAUUUUACGGUGACACGAUUUAAUUAAAGGAAAAAAUGCGUCGUUUUAGUAACGUAAAAUGUGAAAAACUGAGGUCAUUUAGUAAGGUGAACAGUUUAUGACUUUAAAAAUAUUUAUAAUCUUGUCUAAAGAGGAGCUCGAGACAAAUCGCCUCAUCAUAACUCGAACUCUCUCAUUUUUUUUUUUCUUCUUUACAUUUGCAUUUUUGUACUACUUUGCAGGGUUCCCAUUACAGCGUGACCGGCGUCACAUGCCUCAUAUACCUUCCUUGGGAUACUCUCACUGUGAAGUAAUUGGUUUCCGACCAUUUAUGUUCUACCCUGAUAAACCCGUUCAAGUGCAGGUAACUGUCAAUCACAUCGAUACAAGGGACACGAAUUACGUCCACGAUGCUGCUGUGUCGUGGAUUGAAGAUGUGACCUACGAACAAUUCACUGCGUGCGUGAUGGCGGCUGGUUUCAACGAGCGCAGGUCCCGUGCUAAUGUGUCCAUAGACUGGAUAGCUUAUCAAGGAGCCCCAGAAGGUGGGGUAAGUGGAGAGGUGCGCAUGUCACAGUGGUGGACUGGAACAACAUGCAAGACAGUGCGUUUUCCUUCAGUAAGCGAUUUUUUCCAGGGGCACCCAACGACAAUUUUCGGAAGAAUAUCUGUUCGGAAGACGAUUUGAGAUCUAGAAUUUUCGAAACGUUUGUUGCAAAAUUGCUUGCUUGCCUGCCUCUCCUAGGAUUUUCGAACAUCUAAAAAAUGGUAUAAUUGCCUAUUUUUAACGGAUUUUUACCCUAAAAAGAUCACCUAGAAUUUUCGGGAGCCUUUUUUCUGGCUGAAAUGUUCGAAAAGGUAAGUUUUGAUCCCUAUAAUUUUCGGAUCACUAGACUUUCAGCUAGGAAAUCCGAACAGAUGAAAAAUUUUUAGGGGAUAAAAAUAUGCCUAUAUCUACCGUUUAAAUGCUAAAAUACGUUUAACAAUGCUAUGUUUAAGUGGUUUUGAACUAUAUUCUCGUUGGGUGCCCCUGUUUUUCCACUUCUCUAAAAUGUGCUUUUACUUUAUUUAUUAUUAUCUUGGUUUGUUAAAGUUUUGCCUGGUUGCACUGAAUGACAAGGGAGAAAAAGGGUGAUUUACGCGCAAAAAGUAUAGUUUUAUACCUACGUUUUAGCGACGACGGCUAACUUCCCUGAAUUUCGUCAUCGACGAAGGCCUAACGACUUUUUGACAACUUUAAACCGCUAUACAGGUUCGCGCGGCAAAAUUUCAUUCAAUUCCGGUCGGCGUCGUAGUCCGAUUUCGUCGUCGAUGCUUAAGGUCGCUAAUUACUAACAUCGUUCUAAAUCCAAGUUGGCCAAGGCCUAAAUGUAAUAAAGUCGUAAACGUAAAAAUAUUUUGUCCUAAAUGUAAUAACAACUUGCCCUAAAUGUAGUUAACUCUUUCGGUACUAAACGGUGUUAUUAUGGUAUUAAGCACUGCCUUCAAAUAAGCCCCGUGGGGUUACUUCGCAUAAAUUCGGUACAUUUCUUUAAUUAUGCACUGUGGAAUAGUUCUAAAUGCGAAGUUGAUCCGUUCCACGCAAACGAAACCCGAGUCUAUUUCGACUAUAAAAUUUAAUUGGAUUUGAUGCACUGUCUCCUGUAACCUCGCAAAAAGAUUUUGGAGUAACGGUUACUGGUGACCUUACGUGGAUACGGCACAUAAACAAUGUUAUCUCAUAAGUACAGUGUUGCUGAACAUUAGGAUUUCUUCGAAGACACACCUGCCGCGAUUUUGACACUGACAGACGCCAGAAGACUUUUGUACCUUGCAUUCGACAGAUCUCCCCUGAAUUGUGCUGGUGAGAUCUGGACACCUCAGUCUAUAGGAAACAUCUCUAAAGUUGAAAGUCUUCAAUGAAAAGCUACAAAAUUUAUGUUAAACUUGAGUUGAACGGAAUCUACCAGCUGCCAGUUGAGGCUUAUUAAACUGAACCUCUUGCCUUUUCCUUUUUUCUUUUGUUAUGAAAUCAAUGAUCGUCUUUUCAAUUCUACUUCAGAUGCCGAUUAGGUCACUACAGUAUCUGUCAUAAUGAUUUUGUACAGCAGCUUAGUUUUAGAUCUGUCAAUUUCUAAGUGCCGCAUUACAUUGUUUUAAACUAGUUAUUUAAUCGUUUACCAAUUAGUUAUGGAAUUAUCUACCAGCAUCUAUCUGCUCUGUUUUAAUCUCAAUAAAUACAAAUUCGUCAAGUCCCUGAGCUCAAUGGACACGAACAGCGUGCCUGGGCUAAACUUUACGACGUCAACAUUUUCAGCACGUGAAAAUUUAUCUGCCCCAAGUGCUGCGUUGCACGUAACAUCAUAUGAAGUAAUAUAUGCUGUUACUAGAGUUACAAUUAAUGUUUUUUUAAUACUCAUGAUAUUUUUUAACCUUCUUAGUAAAUAAUAAAUAUCAAUUUUUUAGCUGUUUUUUGGAUAAUUUAGUAGAUUUAGUGGCCCACUUUAACUGAAGCCUCGCUCUGUUGUGUCACCCUCGCCAUUGGUUUUGUUUUCCCUUGGUAGAAUUUUUAUUUAUUUAUUUAUUUAUUUAUUUAUGUUUUUUUUGUAAAAGGAUCAAAUGCUGCACUACAAUACGUCAGCAUACACACACACAAAAAAUAAAAGUCUCGCUCCGGCAAUAUACACACCAUGUUAGAGGGUGUGCUCACAGUUCGGGUCAUGGUACAUCCAAUUCAAAACUAACAGACAGAUACUUUUUUUAUUAUGCGGUCAUAACACAUGAAAACCGGACAACUGUUUUUAAAGUACACAUGCAGACAAAAUACAGAUGUGUGGACCUCAAUUCCCAGUUUAAACAUAGUGCCUCCGUGUUUUAAGCUAAUCCUAUGAGACGUUACCUGUUUGAAGAAAAACUAGUACGAAACGCCUUCUUCACUUUGUCUUUGUUACUACCUAUAGCAAGGAAGUGUUUUAAUUGAUUAAUUAAUUGAUUAUUAUAAAAUAAGUUAUUUAAAAGUUAUAGAUUUAAACUUUUAUUCACAACAUGGCUUGCUUAGAAAAUUUGAUACAAGUAAUUUUUUCUGUGUGGGUCUAGUUUCCAAAGGAGCCUUCAGUUUUUGUGACCGUUGCACAUCACCAUGCCGGACUGAAGAGAGACGCCGCCAGUAUUUGGUUGGAGGAUAUCACGCGAUCUUCCUUUAAAAUAUGUUUAAGGGAACUACAAAAUUAUGCGGGCUCACAUGAGGACAUCUAUGUCGUAUGUAGCAUACUUCAUUUUUUGCCUUCUUACGUCCUUUUCUCAGUAUUACAUUUGUUGCGCGUUGAGUUGUGUCAAAUUACAUAAUGUAGCGAAUUUUCUCUUUCUUUCCAUUUUUCUUUUUCUUUUUUUUUCUCUUUUCGUAGAACUGGUUGGCUUUUUCGUCACUUGACAAGCCCAUGUUCUCAGAACACAGCUCAAUUUAUUUUGCAAACUCUCAGAAGCCUGCAGCCUGGAAUAAUAACGCAUUCUGCAAGGUCAGUAUAAAUAGUAUCUCGCUUAGCUUUAUUUUAUGUCACGUUUUCACCAUUCGUUAAUUUGACGGCUCUUUUCAUCGAUUUUGAAAUUCAUUGUAUGUUCUUUUAUUAGGAUAUUUCCUUUACCAAAUUGUACAAGAAUGCCCCAAGUGUAUUUGUAUCAGCGAAUCACACCUCCAGUGGGGGAGGGCAGGAUCCAAUGCACAACUCCAUAACCGCUUGGGUUGAGGUGAGUCAGUGGCUGCUAAAACUUAGAGGUGUGGAACGGUAUCGUGAGCUUGUGAUCCUUGUUGAGCUUGCUUUCAUGGCAGUAAACUAAUAAUGAUUAUAAUCUGUAGGAAGUGGUUCAGUGAUAAAAAGACUUGUGCUAAAACAUGAUUGAACUAACAUGGCUCCACACAUGUUUUCUUGCAUCUAAAGUUACGUUUUCCUUAAUUUACGUCAUAGUUCCUUAAUUUACGUCACAUCUCUUUUGUUCCCGGGGGAUUUCAGUGAGAAGACUAAGACCAAUGGUGUGCCAAAAUGGCAGCAACUUUGAACGUUUAAGAAAAAAUUCUAAAAAAAAACACAACGUUGUGUUCGCAUCGCAAUAUAACUACACUUGUUUUAAAGGUACAUGAGAUAAUAUUGGUUAGGUACCAAGAUAAGAAAUAAUUAUGUUUUUGUGACCCUUUUUGUGUUUUAGCCUGCAUUCAACUACAAUAAAGAAAGACCUAUCAGAAAAAAAAAAAAUUGAAACAAAUCAGAAUCUGACUGAAAAAGUUUGAGUGGUUUUGUUUUGAAAACAUUGUCAUUAAUCAUUAGUAAACCAAAGACUCUGGUAGAUUUCGUUGCAGAUUCUCGUUUGCCAUUUACACAAAUCAUUCUCAUUUACCGACAAAGAAAAUGUCCACAAAGCCUGAAAUCUGUACCAAAGAUGAGUUUGAAGAAAUAGAAAACGAGAUUCCGUUGAAACAUUUCGUUCACGUUAACUCUGACGUAGACUUGUAGGCGCGCUUCCAUUUCUUUUAUGUUUUCCACAGGGACGAAACGAAACCUGUUUUUAAAAGAAACAUUUUUGUAAAUGGCUCAACGAAUAUGAGCUCCGCAAGGCAAGCUUUUUAAGAUCCUUUUUGCGAGUCACGUUUUCCCCGCAUUUUAUUUCUCUUGACGGUUCACCCGUAAGACUAAAGAGUGUUUAUUCUCUACACUGUGUGAUUUUCCCUUUUAGACUUGAAUGAAUGUACCACUGUUUCCCAUUCCUGUGACGUCAAUUCUGUAUGCCAGAAUACCGUGGGUUCAUACACAUGCUCGUGUAAUGCCGGGUACACAGGAGAUGGAAAACCUUACAAUGGUAUAUUAGAUAAUAAUUGAGGCAAAGCACGUCCACACGAGUCAGAUAAUUAUCUUUUUUACCCAGACUCGUGCAAACGGGGUCUUAAACCACUCUGAGCAGUUUUAAAAAGAUGCGGUUUCGGUGAGCGGAUUCACUAGUUUCGUGUGGAGGCCAAUACCGAUUCGUGUGAAAACAAAAAAUAUGGCUCUUAAAAAUAUUUGGUUCGUGUGAAAAAAGGUACAAUUCCUAUGCAGCGUAAAACUAACGUUUGACACUGUCAGUCCUACUUUGUUGCGCAGAUAAAAAAAAAAAAAAUACAUAGACCGGCGACCAGAUGUAAACUAUCAGGUAGAUAUAAUCUCCGUGACUCUUAAGCCUUGUGCGAUUCCACUUUCUCAUGCAGAUAUCGAUGAGUGCUCCACCAACUCUCACAGCUGUGACGCCAAUGCGGUCUGUAACAAUACCGUGGGAUCGUACGCAUGCGCAUGUAAAGCAGGAUACACAGGAGAUGGAAGGACAUGCACUGGUAAGUUGUAAAAAGUGCAACGAAUAUAUGUAUCUCUGUUUCUUCUGGGAAAUCAAAUUAGACUUGUCACAGUCCCUUAUUUUUCCGUAAGACCGUCGAGAUCGAAGACUUCGCGUUACAGGAGGACAGUUUUCUCGCCUCUCUCCCCCCACGGCUAUAAACCACGACGCCCGCCCCCUCGGUACAUACAUGCAUGAAACUAAGAUGGCCGCCCACAAUGCAAGGUCUUCGAUCUCCACAAUCUUACGAAAAAAUAGGGGACUAUACAUGAGCAGUCUAAAUCGAAUUAGCCAAAGUAAAUGGCCGCUACCAGGAUAGAUCGUGACAACGCCAACUACUACAACAACAACUAGAAAUCUAUGCUGUGUAAACUUCUCUAACUGGUCACUCUGUCUUGCUUCCCAUAAAAUAUUUUAUGAACAUCAAAAGCUGGUAUGCGAUACGUAAGAGAGGCCAUUCGCUAGAUUUAUCCAUAACGAUCUUUUAGAGUGACGCAUUACGUGCUGUAGUUCAGCCGGACUCGCCACCGUGUAAACUGGAAUAAAAAUCUUCUUAUAAAUUCAAAAUACUUCCGCGUUUCUGAUUGGUUUAAAUAUCCCCCAGCUAAUUCUUCAUAACCAGCUACCCAAUUUGAGAGAUGUUUGCAGUUAUCCUCAAAGAUAGGACUUGUAAGGCAUCCUCGGAGACCCAGGGAAAGUCAGUUGCACCGUUUCUCCUGACUCCACUGAGACCCCGGAAACCGCAUAUUUUUCCCCGUAUUCGUUGGAAGAGGCCUUAAACAACUCUGGAGCGCGGUUUAAAAAAGAUGCGGCUUCGGUGAGCAUAUUCAAGGUUUCGGGUGGACGAAAGGCCGAUUAGUUUAAAAAAAUAUGCGGUUUGAAAAAUAUGCGGAUUCGUGUGGACGACUUCAUUACAUUCUUCCAGAUUUCGACGAGUGUUCUGCCAAUACCCAUAGCUGUAACAUCAAUGCGGCGUGCAACAAUACUAUGGGAUCCUAUGCAUGCGCGUGCAAAGCAGGAUACUCAGGAGAUGGAAGAACAUGCACUGGUGAGCCGUUUUGAACUUUUUCUAAAGGUGAUUUAUAUUAGAAGAAAGGAAAUAAUAUCUUUGAUUCUUGAAAGCUGGUUUACUCGCGUGCAGACGAAAAAGGUUUUUGGUAGGUCAGACAACAACAACGACAACAACAGCGGAACCAGCAAUCAUUAUUACUUUACAAUUAUAUAUCUUGUUGAAUAGGCAAAAACUUAGAGUACUGGAUUCUUGGAAAAGCUGUUACAUGUGAAAUUUAAACUCAGGUUAAACUGAGAUUUUCUAACCCAGGUUGAUCCUCGAUUUCCUUAGCCUGUGCGGACCCAACUAUCUUGGAGCCUGGAACAGGCUACGAUUUUCUUUCUCUCCUAACCCUAAUUAUUGACCAUGAAUUAGGGCUAGGAGACAAAGGAAAACCCCACUGGAAAUUUUUGCGUUUCUCGUUUUUCUUUCCAAUAUAGCAGGUUGCGAAUAGCCCGACUUCUUGCUUAGCAAUUUACAACAAUUGAUCAGCCUUUAUGAGGUUGUGAGAUCGCUUGCUAAAACCUGCGACGUUUGAUGCAAUUAAUCUAAGCUGCGAUUUAAGAUUAAUUUUUAUGGCGAUUCAAUUACGACUCUUCAUGACCUUUAUUCAUGCAGCGGUCUCCAUAAAGCGCAUGAAAUGAACGCUUGCCCUCUUAGCGGCUAGCUUACACGGGCCUAAAAUCGGAAAAUCGCCUGUGAAGACGGGCCUUUACGAUGCUUUUCAGGAGCCCUAGGCGAAAGCACCCCCCUGCUCCACCCCCUUCGUAUUCCUUGAGUAAAUACAGCUUUUCAAGACGGUACAAACUCACCCAAUGUAAGUGCAACGAUUUUUUAACCCUUUUUUUUUUUUUUUUUUUUUUUUAAAUCAUGCUUAUGUUAUUUUAUUCCUUUUUCGUUCUCUUCUGCCACCUCUUUGCAAAAUGGGCGUGAUUAUACAUAUUGUUAUUCUUCCGUUUCCAGAUAUUGACGAGUGCACCAGCGGUACUGAUGACUGUCACAGUUCACUUGCUUCUUGUACCAACACAGUGGGAUCCUUUAGUUGUGCAUGUAAUAAUCCUUCCAGCGGAAAUGGCCGAACUUGCAAUCUACCUUCAGGUAACGAGGAAGAUGUUCAGUUAACAAACCCGAAAUCACUUGUGAUCGAUGCACCUUGCGCUGGUUUCGACUUCUUAAACAGUGCUUUACUAUUAACUUUUAUUGGGAUUUGAAAAGAUGGCUUUGGAGACUGUCGACCACCGUGUGGUCACUGGUCACGGAGAAUACUUUUGCUUUUUAUUGUGAGCGAAUAGUCGUGCCAGAAACGGUCCGGCUUGAGAGGGCUUCAGUAUACCGCUCGUCUUGUCAUGAUCAGCAAGUCUAUUUUAAUGCGAUUUCUACAGUUACUUUAAGGCGAGUUGACUUUCUCAAGUUUGGCGAUUGCAGUCUCUAACUCUAAAGACUUGCUAGCCAACGCGAAAAUCCGAAAAGAUUGACAAUACGAAUUAGAACAAAUAUACUUAUAAUAUAUGAAAUUAUACGCGAGUAAAGAGUAUCAGUUUCUCAGUCACAUGUACAGUCGAACAAUUGUCAUAUUAAUCGUUGCGGGAAAAAUUGUCUGAUUUUUCUACCGUACUGUCGUCUUUCAUUUUUAUUUUGAUGGUAUUCUUGUUUUAAAAUUCCUUCGAGUAGUAUUCUUGACUUUGGUCAUGAAAGAGGCUUUUCAUCAUAGCGCCCGCCAAACAAAUCUUUUUGUGCUUUAUCGUCUGUUUUUAACUUGCUAAAAUAAUGGCUCUUAAAUUGGACUUAUUUGGCCUACGUUAUGAAUAGCUGACCCUUAGUUGAUAUCGGGCCAUCCUUGCUCAAUGGAUUUCGAAACUACGUUUUCAGCAUAAACGACCUUGUAUAAAUAAUUAUACUAAUAGUGCCUAUUAGUGCGCUCAUAAGAAAAGAACUUUUCUGAGUUAGCAGUCUUUUGACGAUUGAAUUGCCACAGAAAAAAACUCAAUGUAGCGAAUCCACGCGAAAGUAGUUUAUGAGGUUUUAGUUGAGCACGUUUUUGAAAAUGUCAGUAUUGAACCACCUUCAUGCUUACAACUGUCGUUAUCCGCAGUUAAUUAGCAAUUAUGGUCAAUUAUUAUCAAAUAUGCAAACAUUUUGCUACAUAUGCACGAUCCCAUUUCCCAGGGAGUCACUCGUCAAAGCUACAGGCCGUAUCCAUGUUUUCCUUUUAAAUGAUUUAACGUCGUAUUUAACAGGCGUGGGAUAACUCAUCCGUUGUUAGCACAAGUUAUGUCGAUACCGCUGAUGGCUAAUAUGUAGUGUUUUGUUCCUGUGUUGUUAGUGUUUGUCAUAAGUGAAGGUGUGGUGGAGAAUUUAGGACAAUCACAUGAAAAGUUCCUGUUUGUUUUUGCCGGAGCUGAUGUACAGUAAAUGAAACGUUGCAAAGUUAGACUUUACUAAAAAAGUUAUCCAAUGCCUACCGACUGUUGUUCAUUUUCUCUUCUGUGCCAGAAUGUCAGAACUACGGGAGUUUCAACGAUGGAACCCGAAGAACUUCGUAUAACAGCUACUACUAUUAUUGUGAUAGCGGUCUCGGCCCUGGAUGGUUCCGUUUCCAGGGGUCUUCCGGCACAAGAAUGGCAACAUCAUGUACAUCUUACCUGAGGUGUGGUACUCAUUGUAGCGGCUGGCUAUAUGGUGGACACCCCUCAGUAACGGACGGUCAGGCCACCAGGACGGUUUAUUUCAAUUGAGGUUCCUGCUAUACUUACUCAACAAGCAUCAAAGUGAGAACUUGUGGUUCAUAUUACGUGUACUACCUUAGUGGUACUGGGGGUAGAUGUUAUCUACGUUAUUGUGGCACCAACUAGACACAAAUGCAAACAAAGUCUAUAUGUAAACAUAUUCUAUCAUUUUACUAAAGUAGGCUUAAUUGUAAAAACAAAGUAACCAUCUAAAAAGAAGACUAGUUACACUGUAACUUCAAUAUCAAUAUCUGUUUAUAAUAACUUUAGCAAAGAAAGAACAAGUGAGAUAGCAUAAAGUACUACUUUUAAGCCAUUUUGCAGAUUAUAGUGCUUAUAACGUAAACAUUUUUAUUAUGUAAUGGCGACCUAAUUUCUAAUGACACUCUUCACAAAAGGCUUCACAAAUGACUUAAAUCAGGCGGAUUACAAAACUUCUUGAUGCAACUGGCAUAAAAAAACACAUCUCUCGAAAAAAAUGUCUAACUUGGAACCAGUCCUUCCGCGGAGUGAGACUUGGUCCUUGCGCCGCUUGCAUGCAAAUUUCGAGCAAAAACAAGAAAAAAAUCAUGUCAAUGAAAGCUUAGAAAAAACUCUAAAACAUAUUAUGUUAACGGAAAGAACACAUCACUGAAUGCUAAUUACUGAGUCUAACAACGGCAUGCAUUUGCUAAAUAAACUACGAUGGACAACAUGGUAUAGUUAAGAUGUGGGGACUGCGGGGUAAGAAACUGCUUACUUUUUUUUUUGAUCGGUCAAGGGAAGCACUCUGUGAAAUCGGGAGUGAAAUGGAUGUAAGGACUAUGGGUACUGUCAACUCUCGUCUUGCGGAGACCCUGCUAUUACGGGCUCCUCGGCAAUAAGAACAGCAAUUAAAUCCCUUCCCAUUGCGGACUUUUGUUUACUAUCAACGACACUAACUCGGGGCCCCGAGAGUGACCUUAAUAACAAGAGUUGACCACACAAGGUUGAACCCUGAUUUUUUUUUUUUUUUUUUUACUAUAUUAGCAUAAGAGUUUCAUUGACAACUAAAGGCACAAGUUAAUGACAUUGAUAACCUGUCACAUGCUCUUGUACGGUGGCGUACUUUUACUUACUGCUAGUCGAGAAUCUCUCAGGCUUUUCCUUUCUUGUGCAAAUUAGGGCUUUGUUUUUCAGUAAACCUCACUGGGACUAUAGCUAUUAGAGGAGACUGGUUAUGAAAAGCGGCAAACAUCAAUGAUAAAAAAAAACAGUGCUGCAGUUUAUGUUGGAAGCACCCUGAAAGUGCACAAUCCUUUGUUUUCUGUUGGCUAAUUGUUAGGGAAUAAAUUAAUGCAACGUUUUUGUUGGUCAAUACAAUCAAAAUGAUAGGAAUUCUUUUGAACGUUGUGCACUUUCAGGUCCACAAAAACAUAUAGCAAAGGAGUCUGACGGGUUUCAUAACCAUUCCACUCAAUUAACUAUGCUGGGACUACCAAAAUUUCAUGAGAGAUAAAUGGAAAUUAAUUCUGGUCUAAGCUGUAAAAAGACGCCACCUCGCGUCAUCAUUGCACAUGGGAUAUGAAGCGAGGACUUAUUAACUAAAGAUCAUUUUAAAAAUAUUAAAGAAGAUACAUCUUAGAUAUAACUACCUCUAGACAACUGGAAAAGACCGUGCUAAACUUCUCUCUAGUAGUUAAUGACGCAGUAGUGAAUAAAUAAAAAGCUGUUUGCUAGCUAAUUGUUUUGCCUUCUCAUGUUUCGUAUGCUUCAUAAGUGGAAACCCUUCCCAGACACGACAGGUUGAGAAAGGAAAGCAGAAGUAAACUUUAUUGUGUCAGCAGAAAUUCUUAAACCAUACCCUGCCAGCAGAGCCCUUCGAUCUUCCUUAAUUAUAUAGGAAGAUCGAAGGGCCUCUGUUCGCAGGGUGCUUAAACCAAGUCUCCCAAGAAAAAAAAGUUUUUAUUUUCAGCAUUUACUGGUUCGCACUAUUUAACCUCGUCCGCUUUGGCAAAUUACCUUUAACCACCACUGAAUUUUUCGUCUGAAGUGAAGUCCAUGUUUAUUCUCGUGUGCCAGUUGUACGUUGUGUUAUGCAUCUGUUGUCAGUGGCACAAUAUCUAGUCUUGGUUCAAACUUACUUGUUCUAUUAGUAUGCAUAAUACGACUCAAUGCUGGCCAAUCAAAGGAAAACAUUGGAUAAAAAAAAAAAAAAAUGAAAAUAGAUGAUGAAGGAGCUUCGAAAAAUAGCAGCAGCAGGCAGUCACCAUGAUAAGAUGUAACAGCAUGUCUUUAAGCGAGUUACCCGAUUGGGGGUGUCUCACGAGCAAGUAAUGUAGCGCAUUCGGAUACAGAUGCAGAUACCUAAACUGGCCUAUAUCAAAUUAAAGCUUCAUUUAUGAAAAUGGCUUUCUUAUUAAACCAACAGUUUUUUUUUCCCAAAAAAUGCACUGUCGAUUUUUUGUAGGAUUUUUUUUAAUGCGAACGUCUGAAUCAGCUUUGGAAAGCUAAAACUCACAGCAAUGUUUAUUUUUCACUGAUUUGAUUUGUUCCAGUCGUUUGGAAGUCAAAACCCGAAAGAGGCGUGUAGGGAUUUUCCCAUUUUCGAUUGCGAUCGUAUCAGAAGUUACAGAAAAAGAAGUUGGGUGAUCGUAUAAAAAUGCCCGUAAACAAAAAAGAGAAAAUAGAAAAGAAAUAGAUUGAAAUUUGAUCGUAUGGACUCUAAUGCCCGUUACCAACAAUUCAUUGAUUGGUGUCAGGCCUUGGGCAAUCGGUCUGGCGGUGCCGUCCAUAAAUCCAAAACAGUUUUGUAAUGGUGCACCAGUCUGAGCAACUGCAUUAUCAUAUCUCUGCAGUGCUAGUGGAUCCAUAGACUGCAAAACAGUCCGUAUUUUUGGUUAUUCAACUACGCGCGAGCAGUCAAACAAAAGUCUGGAAUAUUAAUGAGCUCUUACGCCACGCUUUGCCGAUUUUUUUGCUUAUUUUGAGGAAAAACCGACUGUUUUGCAGUCUAUGUUGAAUCGCGUUUGCCAGGUGCUUGAAAACGUGAAAUGAACGGCAUGUUUUCCUGGUGUUACCGCCGAUGAAUGUUGAGUUUUCUCGGGAGUUUUCCUUGUGUUACUCGAAGUCGGAAAAGGAUUCAGGAACGUGAUAUUUUCAGGACAUUAACCGUUUGGUAAAGUUUCCGGUUAACGAGAGAAAACGAGCUGUUCAACCCGUUUUCCAUGUGCUGGAUUCCCUCUGUUAAGUGAUGGUGAAUGCUACUUAGUUGUCCUUGUCUUUUCCGAAGAGGGAAAACGAGUCACGAACGCGAUAUUUUCCUUACAUUAACCGUUUGGUAAAAUGUCCGCUUAACGAGAGAAAGUGUACUGUUCAACCACGUUUUCCCUGUGCUGGAAAACGUCAAGUAAAUAGCAAAUUUUUCCUGGUGUUAACGGAUUGUGAACGACGAGUUUCCCUUGCGAAUUCCGAAAUGAGAAAACGGAUUGUGAACCUGGCAUUUUCUCAAUACAUUAACCGUCUGGUAAAAUCACCAGAAAAUAGGAGAUUUUUUGCCGUGGAUGCGUCAAGUCUUUUAUGCGGCAUCCAUCGGUUGUCAACACUUAGACUGUGGAAAAGACAAGCGUAAACUAGCUAAAGUACGAAACAGUCUAUGUCAAGGCCAUAUUUGCGUGGGCUUUCGCCUAAAACUCCCUUUUCCAUCCCUUUCAAACGCCUGCCACGCAGGCUAACUAAAUAAAACUGGACUUAAUAAUAAUGGCGCAAGCAAAAUUCCAGUGGUGGUAGAGGGAAGUAGCUUCAAUAGCAACCCUAGUUACUCUUAGUAUGGGAUGGGCACUGAAAUCGCCACCGUCACGUCGCACGAAAUUUACUGAUAAGCAAAAGCAGUACCUAAAUGUCAAGUUUCAAAUUGGAGAGAGAACCGGGAAGAAGGCUGAGCCGACCGACAAAGGUUACAAUUGUUUGCUUGUAUUGCCUGCCCAUUGUACUCACAAUGACUAUAGGCAUAUUGCAUGCCGAAUAAAAUCAACUUUUUUUGGAAAAAACUCAGACUGAGAUAAGAAUGCAAAAGGAAUUGUAAAAAAAAAGCGAUAAAAGAACCAAAUGCUCCUUCUCAAAACAAAUUGAAGUUUGACAGGUGAUAUUAUAUCCUUAGUCAAUACUUUGAAGUUUUCAAUAAAAGAGAGAAAGUGGAAUAUCUACCGUAAGAUUUUGAAUUUAAGUGCCUGUCAUUCACGCAAGAUGGUUGGCAUCGAAGCAAAUGAAUAGGGUUUAGAAAAGACAAAGUUUUUUCACGGUUUUGAAAGAAAAUUGUUUAGUUUUGCAUGAAGGGAUCUGAGGGUGUUUUUUAUAUCUUUGAAAGGACAGAAUACUCUUUCUGCGUUGGGUUCCAGCGUUUGGUGAAAAUUAUUUUUAGUUUUUAAAAGGUACCAUUAACUUAGCGUAAACUGAAAUAUUAAUGAACUUUUAGCGGUACCGUUUAAAGUUUUCAUUUUUAAGAGAAAUGUUUCAAGUUUUUUCGUUUUAAACACUCAAAGUCUAAUUUGUUGAAAAAAUUUAACAAUGCCUUACAAAACAUUUCUGCCCACUAACAGUAUGUAUAAGAUUUUAUUAUUAUUUUUGUUUUAUAAGUUUAUAUAUUGUUUAACUUUUUACGUGGUUUUUUACUUAACCUAGGCCUUAAGGCUUAUGUUUUGCUGUUAAUUAAUGUCAUAUCGCUUUUGAUUAUUCUCGACGAUUGUUACACGAUAAUGAAAAAGCAUUGAAUAUAUCUAUGAAUUUGGCCGUUUUUUGGCAGUUACGAUCAUGUAUAUUUUACAAAUUCGAUUUGUGACCGUUAAACGAAAGGUUAAAUUAAGUUACCACAAAAAAAAAAAAAAUUGUGUUGCUGGAGCCAGAUACAGAGAUAUUCUCGUUUUAGCUUUCCCUUUACACGUCAAAGGCGUUUUCAGGCACCCAAAACGCAGGUUUUCGAAAAUGGCCCCCAGUGAAAAAUUUUCUGAAAACGCUGGCUUAUUCUUAUCAUAAAUGAUCCAGCGCAUGCUCUAAAAGGGAUGACAUCGUAUUUCGUUAAUUAGCGUUUUUCCGUCGAAGGGCGUAAACGAUUCAAAUAGGCUACGUGUGGACGUUUACCAAUUUAAUUUGUUUCUUAGUACCGAAGUUCUUAGUUUUGGGGAGCAAAAAUAGGGUCAUUAAUAAAUAUAAAAGAUGCAGGAAACAGUUUUGACAACGCUGGUUGCGUGAUAUCCAAAACAGCUUUAAAGCUAAUUGUAUAAGUGCAAACAAUAUAAUUAUACCAUUAUAAUAGUGCUUUCAGUAUAAUAUAUCGCAUUUAAUUUGCAAGCAAUUCUUCCUUUAGUGAAAACACGGCUUUGAAUAUGGAAUAACUUGUUUUUGGACACGUCCCUAUUUGUUAUUUUUCUUUUGUUUCUGCGGUAAAGAAGGCAACCGUCAAAACGAAUAACAAAAAGCACAAGGAUAACGAAGCCUUAAAUUGGUAUGUUUGCUCACAAGUUAGGGAUAGGAUUAAACGUUUGCUUGUAUUGCCCGCCCAUUGUGCUCACAAUGAUUAUAGGCAUAUUGCGUGCCGAAUAACUUCAAAUUUUGUUGGGAACAACUCAGAUAAGAAUGCAAAAGGAAUUAUAAAAAAAUCAAUAAUUAAUAACCAAAAUGCUCCCUCUCAAAACGAAUUGAAGUUGACAGGUGACAUUAUAUCCUUAAUCAAUACUUUGAAGUUUUCAAAGACAAAUAAUGAAACAUCCGCCGUAAGAGAGUGAAUUUAAGUGCUUGUCAUUCACGCAAGAUAGUUUCUGUUAAUUAGCCGGUUUUGUGGGAUCGAAGCAACAGAAUAUGGUCUAGCAGAAACAAGAGAAAUUGAUUGGUAAGAUAAUUUUUUCUCGGUUUUAAAAGAUCAUUGUUUAGUUAAUAGCGUGAACGGAUCUAAGGGGUUACUGUUUAACCCUUCAAAGGACAGAAAACUCCAACUUUCUUCAUUUGGUUCCGGCUUUUGGUGAAAAUUAUUAAGUGUUUGAAAGGUAAAAUUAAGUUGGCUAAACGGAAUUAUUAAUAGCCUUUUAGUAGUACCUUGAGGAGAUUGUCUUGUACCGUUUACGUUUUCGAAAUGUUUUUUUGUUUUUGUUUUUUCGACUUUUGGCACUUUUUUUUUGCAGUUACGAACAUAUUUUUCAAAUUCGAUUAGUGACCAUUAAUUGUACGCGAAAGGUUAUAUUAAGUUACCACAAAAAAAAUUGUAUUGCUGGAGCCCGCAGAGAUUUUCUCGUUUUAGCCUUCCCCCUACACGUCAAGGGCUUUUUAGGGCACCAGAAGUGUGAAGUUUUCUGAAAACGCCGGCGUAUUCUUAUCACAAAUCAUACAGCGCAUGCCCUAAAAGGGAUGAUACCGUAUUUCGUUUUAGCGUUUUCCCUUCGACGGGCAAAAACGAUUCGAAUACUAGUCUACGUGUGGAGCAGAAACGGGAAAAACUGUCUGUUUUUCAAAAAAUAUCCGGAUACGCGAGGACGAGGUCUGAAAUGAUUUUACUGAGUGGUUGGAGAUAUAUUUUUACUCGCUUACCAAUCGUCUCAUUUGCUGUAAAACACUCUUCUAAAAUCUUUCAGAGUUAAGGUCCUAUUAGGAGGAUUUUAAGAUAGAAUAAAAAAUAAAUAAAUAAAUAACCGGGAUAUUUUGAAAAGAUUAUUCUGGAAUGCUUUGUACCGAUUAGUUCUUAGCUUUGAAGAGCGAAAAUAAUUUAUUAUUAUCAUUAUUUGAAAGAUGUAAGAAGCGAGGAAAAGACUAAAAACAGAAAGUUUUAGUACUUAAUAUUUGUUGCCGGAGACGGAAAAUAUUGGCCCUUACAGGAAGUUUCUUUUAACUGAUGUUGCGGAUUGAUUGACGGUAAUGGAAAAGUGAACAUAACUCAAGUUACUACUAUUGUAGUUACGAAAACUCUUUUUAAAAUCGAUCUAAGUUCCCGUUCAGCGACAAGAAAAAAAGGGUUAAGUUAAGUUAAAGGGUUAAGAGAGAGAUAGAACAAACUAGUGUGAGAUUAUAAGUUGCCUUGCCAAACAAAGUUAAAGUUUCGAAAAUACAUUGUGCUGAACCAACAGAGAACGUGACUGUGUCUUUUGUGAAGCCGACCCGCUGAGCUAGUCCCCAUCAAUUGGGUUUCGGUCUUUCACAAAAUAAAACUCAUUUUCACAAGAAAGGUUUUGCACUUAGCCACAUUUUGAAAGUGAGAGUUUUACGAACUUAGAAAUGGUCUAUACCAUUUCUAUUAAUGGAUGCUUUUGUAUAAAAGGUUAUUUUAAAAUUUAUCAAAAAUUGCUGAGUAGUCUGAAAACAGUUUAUUGUUGGUUCACUUGUAUUAUCCGCCACGGGUAAUAUUGUUUAAACGGCAAGAAUAAGUGAAUCAAAACGACCUGAAAAAUAUAAAGAUGUAUAUGUUAAAUCAUAUUAAUUAAAUUCAGUGUAAUAAAUCAUUUAGCCCCAAAUUGUCUUUUCAAGGGUAUGACAAUGAGGCAGCUCUUUCGUAUGUCAGUUCUUUUUGUGUUGGGUCAGCUACUCUACAAAACAGUAACUCAGCGAUGUGGAUCCGAGAUAUCCAUCUUCGGCUGGAUGUUACGGGGACAUAUCUACAACACGAUGUUGGCAGAACUCCCACACACAUGCGUGCAAGUUUGUCGCGAAGACAAUCGAUGCCAAAGCUUUAACUGGGUGAUCUCUCUCCUCAAGUGCGAGUUUAGUAACAGAACUAAGGAGGCCAGACCUGAGGAUUUCAUUUCAGAUCCAGACAGAUUUUACUACAAACGUGAUAGGAACAGAGGUAAAAAAACAGUUUACCAUUCAUUAUAAAUAAUUGCGAUGAAUGAUGAAUGCUGAUUAAGGUCGAAGCAAUGGUCUCUAGCUAAUCAGUUGUCAGUCAAAUUUGGACAACCACAUAUCGGGAGUUAACGAUAAAAAGUAACCCGUUCAAAUGCAACUGUUCCGAUAAAAGAAUACCAAAUGGUGAGUACUUUCCAAAUACUUGGGCGCCGAUAUCAGGGCAACAGAUAACCACCCUUACCAAAUCCAACACUGUUUUGAAUGUAUUUUUAACCUAUUUUUGAAAACUGUUUUUAACCUGUUUUGUGAAAUAGGUUUUAAAUAGGUUAAAAAGUGUAUUUUUAAUGUAUUUUUCGACUGCUUUUAAAGGUGUUUUAACCUGUUUAAAACGCUAUUAAAAAAGAAUUUUUAAAGUAUUUUAAAAUGCUUUUAAAAUAUAUAAAAAAUUCCAGGGCUUUUGCAAGGCUCAAAACAGGUCAAAAACAGUUUUUAAAUACCUUAUAAAUCGGAAUAAAAACAGGAUAAAAACAGUUUCAAAAACAUGUUUUAAUUUACUAUACUAUUUUAAAACUAUUUUUAAUGGCAAUUUUAAACGUAUUUUGAAAAAAACAGGUUUAAAAUAGGUACAAAAAUAUAUUUUUGAUAUAUUUUUAGACUGAUUUUAAAGGUGUUUUAACCUGUUUAAAACGCUAUUAAAAUGUUAUGCUUCAAAAUAUAUUUUAAUAGCUGUUUAAUCGGUUUCGAAAUUUAGUAAAAUACUCGUAUUUGCAAAUACAAUAAAAAUACUUUGAAAACAGUAUUAAAAUACCACAGAAGAAGAAAAGCAAUAGCACACAUAUAUUAUGAAUUAAAUACAUCAAAAAUAGGAUGCAAAAAUGCAAAAACAGUAUAAAAUUGUAAGAACAUAGCCUUAGAGUUGUCUGAAAACAGUAUAAAAAUCGGUCGAAAGAGCAUAAAAAUAGUACAAAAACAGGAUGGAAAUACCAUUUAAAUUCAUGAAAUAAAAUGAAUACAAAACCGUCGAAAAUUACCCUGAAAAAGCAAGAUUUACCUCGGCGAAAUUUCUCCACACAGUCCUAGGCUAGGACUUCAAGAGAAUUAUCUCUUAGCCGAUUACUU